AUGGCCCAGCUCUCACUUCGUGUGAUGGAGGUUUGCCUAAUACUAGAAGGUGUGGAUUCACCAGAUGCGCUCCGUGAUAGUCGAAAAGAGCGGCGCUACUAUUCGCAACUUACGCCUAAGGGCUUCUCGGUCAAGACAGAAGGAGAUGAUAUUAGAAAGCUCGACGACCAAGAAAAUUAUAUGCCAGCCUGGGCACCUAGCCUCAUUGCUCGCGGUAUCAUCUUUAUUGUAGUCGCUUUACUUAUUGCGGCCUUGGAGAUUGCAUUGCGUGUCUCGGAGAAGAACGACCGCUUGGGCAAUGUAUCUUCCAAUGAUCACCAGCAUUAUCUGUGGACGAUUCUUCCCUCGCUAGUCAUGGCUAGCGUUGGUCUUCACUUCGGAAGAAUGGGCUUCAACACCCGAAGCCUCGCACCCUACGCGCGGUUGAAAUGGCGCACCGAUUCACUCGCCAUCACCAACAUCAUCCGUUCAAUCCGUGCACAGCACUUUGUUGUUCUAGCUACCGGAUUAGCUGCCUUGGUUACCUCGUUCCUAGUCAUCAUUGCGAGUGGCUUGUACUUUGCAAUCGAGGUAUCGCACCAAAUCAGUAUGAAUUUUAUCCAAGAGACCACCUCUUACAUGGGUAAUUCAGCAAAUGCUGAUCAAAGUUCCAGCAUCGUUGUUGCCAAAGACAAUCUUCAGAAGAACCUGACUUUCCCCCACUGGACCUACGAUGGAUGGUCAUCAAGGCAAUCAGUCACCAGGAUAGGAUUUUCAGGGCACAGGUAUUCGACAAUUACUCUCGCAGUGGGACAGACGACACGCUGGGAACACGCCCCUCUGUCCGGGAACAUUAUUCUGUCGAACUGA